UAACUAAUAAUCAAGAAAAAGGCCUUCCUUCAAUCACAUAAAAAGGGAGAGAGAGAAAUCGAUAAUAGUAACAGCCUGAUUUUGCUGUGCAGUUGUCUUCUUUGGAUUCCUUCACACAAGAGAGAAAGAAAGACGAGAUAACCGAUCGAGAUACUUGCCGAUCUGUCGGAACACCGUUCGAUCAAUCCAGAGAGAGAUGGGUACUAUGCAAACAUGGCGGAAAGCCUACGGGGCUCUCAAAGAUCAAACCACCGUCGGAUUAGCCCACGUCAAUAGCGAUUUCAAGGAUGUGGAUGUUGCGAUCGUUAAAGCUACCAACCAUGUUGAGUGCCCACCCAAGGAGAGACACAUCAGAAAAAUUUUGGCGUAUACGUCUGCUAUUCGGCCUCGAGCGGAUGUGCAAUAUUGUUUACAUGCCCUAGCAAGGAGAUUGGCCAAGACCCGCAAUUGGACGGUACUGUUUUUGGUUGUUUUCAUGUUUUCUUAGUUGUCGAUGGAUAUGAGGCUGGGGCGUAAUGGAAUCUUAUUCAUUUGAUUUCGUAUUCAGUUAUUCAACUUGAAUUAUGGGUAUAGAUUCGAUUGAAGGGUGCGUGGCAGGGUUUGCUCUUUGCAGCCACUACUGAAAUUGUGAUGGACAAUGUGAUUCUAUUACCAUCAUGAUGUGUUACCGCUUGUGUAUGACCAGUUGGAAUCCCAUCAAUAUAAAGCAACCCCGAUUCUGAAAAUCCAUAUUUGGGGAACUCUUUUAAAACCAGUCCGAUUCUUCAACCAUUUGAGGUUUCACUUUCGCCUGUUCAUCUUGACAUUCAAAAACUGUUUUUAAUACACUUUUUACCUUCUUAGUUUGGCUACUUCGUUGUCCAACUUAACUAUGACUUUUAGAAUUGGAUUAUACUGUCUUUGUUUUGUAGGUUAUUUACAUGGUUUCCUUUGUAGGAUUUUGUCUUGAUCAUUCUUUGGAAGUUUUUCAAGUUGUUAUCCCGUGUUACCAUUAAUUACACUUGUAUGUCAUUGUUAUUGUUUGACAUAUUUAUCAUGUGGAUGACACGGUAAACAGCACUCCAAGUCUCCAACCAUGGUUGAUCACAUGAUCUAUCAUCCUGAUGCACACCAUUGUGCAUUGUGACACCAAACCGACAAAGAACACAAUGAACCAUGAAUUCAUUAACCGGCCAGCUCUCUAGAUUCGGGUGAUCUUCUUCAAGACCUUAAGGUCUGUACAAUCACAAAGAAAUUCGAUGCUCUGCAACUUGAUGCUCCGCCCUUUUAUGCCCAAGCAUCACUGCCAUUUAACAUUGCGACCCUUUGCUACCAACUUUUAUCAACUACUACUAUUAUUUACUAAUACACUCUUAUUCUUUUUAUUUUCUAUUCUCCAUUGUAAGAUCCGGCAUCAAUUGGGGAGGGGAACUAAGGUUGCUUUAUAAGGGACUGGAUACCUCUUCUAUUAGACGUGCUUUAGAACCGUGAGUCCAUGAGUUGACAGUGGACAAUAUCUGGUACGAUUGGCCUGGGAUGUUACACCGGUGGCGUCUGUAAAUCUCACUGCACGUUUAUCACAUCCCAUAAAAAUUUCCACUGCAAUGAAUGAUCCUGGCUUUAAGAUAUUGAUGGAGUGUAGAAUCUGCUUUUGCCCAUGAGUUUCUCCAGUCUGCAUUCACUUAUAGAUUUGGUUUAGCAUCUUGAUGCUAUCUUCAGAUUUCAGGUAUAUUGUCUCGGUUGCAUUAAAGACACUGAUAGUCAUCCAUAGGACACUAAGGGAGGGUGAUCCUACUUUCCGGGAAGAACUUCAAAAUUUCCAACAGAGAGGGCGUGUUCUCCAGUUAGCCAAUUUCAAGGAUGAUUCAAGUCCCAUUGCUUGGGAUUGUUCUGCAUGGGUGCGUACAUACGGACUUUUCUUAGAGGAACGUCUCGAGUGCUUUAGAAUUUUGAAGUAUGAUAUUGAAGCUGAGAGAAUCCCAAGACCUGCUGCUCAAGGUCAAGAUAAGGGUUACAGCAGAACAAGGGACUUGGAAAGUGAAGAACUAUUGGAACAACUGCCUGCUUUGCAGCAGCUACUGUAUCGUCUUAUGGGAUGCAGGCCGGAGGGUGCAGCUGUUGGCAAUUAUUUGAUACAGUAUGCCCUGGCUUUGGUGCUCAAAGAGAGUUUUAAAAUCUAUUGUGCUGUGAAUGAUGGAAUUAUCAAUCUUAUUGAUAAGUUCUUUGAGAUGCCAAGACAUGAGGCCAUCAAAGCCCUGGAUAUAUAUAAAAGAGCCGGUCAACAGGCUGGUAGCCUUUCUGACUUUUAUGAAGUUUGCAAAGGAUUGGAACUUGCUAGGAAUUUCCAGUUUCCUGUUCUGAGAGAGCCUCCACAAUCCUUUCUUGCUACAAUGGAAGAGUACAUAAGAGAGGCACCAAGGUUAGUCGCUGGGCCGACUCAGCCAUUGGAAUUUCCGGAAAGGCUUAUGUUGACAUAUAAACCAGAAGAAGAUACAUCACCUCAUGAAGAUACAGAUUCACCUGUUGAUGAACCUAAACCAGUGCUGACAGAUGAAUUUACAGCUUCAAAUGAUGUUCCUGAGCCUGCACAUCCGCCUCCCCCACCAACUUUCAACAGUCAGGACCCAGAUGAUUUAUUGGGAUUAAAUUUCGAUGCACCUAACGGAUCAGCUAUUGAGGAAAGCAAUGCACUGGCUCUUGCCAUUGUUCCAUCUGAUCCCACCACGACUUCUGCAUCUGGUUUUCAAGGAAAAGAUUUUGAUCCAACUGGUUGGGAACUUGCUUUGGUCACCACUCCUAGCGCCAAUAUCUCUUCGGUUCAGGAGAGGCAACUGGCUGGUGGAUUGGACUCGCUCACACUCAACAGUUUGUACGAUGAAGGAGCAUAUAGAGCCUCCCAGCAACCUGUAUAUGGAUCUCCGGCACCUAACCCAUUUGAAGCAGCAGCCGAUCCAUUUGGUAUGUCUGCUCAAAUGACACCAUAUCAGGCUAACCCCUUCGGUCAAUACCAACCUGCCGCCGCCUAUCCACCACAGCCACAACAGAAUCUGAUGAUGGCCCCACCAAACCCUUUUGUUGAUUCCGGUUUUGGUCCAUUCCCCGUCAACAACGGCAGCCACCCCCAAACCACAAAUCCUUUUGGAACAACCUUAUUAUGAUACAUUUGUGAACAUACAUGAGGGCUCAUCUGCUCCAUGUUCAGAAAACCCAAAAAAAGACCGAGUUAUUUUUAGUAUAUAUCCGAAAAUUUGAUGAGAUGUUUGUUGUGGUUUUGCACUCGAUUAGUGAAUUGAUACGAUAUUCUUGGUAGGCAUAAGUUUUUUUUUCCUGGAGUCGGGUAAGUAGUUGUAAUGAAUGACUCAUGGUUGAUAAUAUGAUUUGCUUUGUAACAUAAGCCCUUCUGGUGUCAUUUUUAUGGAAACUCCUUUAUUGGGUUCUG